UUAAUAUCUUAUCAUUUAGGACCAUGUGAACACUCGCGACAGUAUCGGCAGCGAUUCUCCACGUUUCGCGAGGCCACGUCUAUCUUGACUCUACUCUUCGACGACGUCUCUGAAUCCUGUCAGGAUGGUCAGCGCAAGUGAGAAACAGGCAUUGCUGCCGCGCACCCGCAAGGACAAGAAAGCUCGCUAUGCCCUGGUCAUUCACGGAGGGGCAGGGACAAUGUCGAAGGAUGGGUCGACACCUGAACAGAGGGCGAAGUACAAGUCUGCCCUCAGGAGGGCCUUAGAGGCAGGUUAUGCCGUGUUGAAGGAGGGUGGAGAAGCAAUGGACGCGGCUGUUGCGGCAGUGUCGUCCAUGGAAGAUUGCCCACUGUUCAAUUCUGGCAAAGGUGCGGUAUUCAAUGUCGAAGGCAAGAACGAGCUCGAGUCCUCCAUCAUGCUGUCAAAGCCCCCUGCUUCACAUGAGGAUAUCCUUUCGUCCCGACGAGGCUUCGGUAUCACGCUCUUGCGCCAUGUCCGCAACCCGUCCCAGCUCGCGCGCGCCUUGUAUCUUGCGCCAACCGCUGCACCCCAUACAAUGCUAUCUGGCCUACCCGCUGAGAAGAUCGCGGAGGAGCUCGGCGUAGAACUUGUCGACGAAAGCUACUUCUUCACCGAAGCACGGUGGAGGGAACAUAGGCGGGGGCUUGGCCUUCCCGAAGAGCCUCUACCUUUCCCGGUCAAGGAAAACGCAGGGGCAAAGGACGUCACUCUCGACCAGCUUCCCACAGGUACGGUUGGAGCUGUCGCUUUGGAUACUCGAGGCUGUAUUGCUGCCGUAACGUCCACUGGUGGACGUACCAACAAGUUAGCAGGACGUAUCGGGGACACUCCUAGCAUGGCGGCUGGCUUUUGGGCUGAAGAGUGGAAUGUGAAGGGUCGUCUCCGGAGGUUCUGGAACCAGGUCACAAGAAAAAGGAACAAGGUCGCGGUAGGUGUUAGCGGAACGGGCGAUGGCGAUUAUUUUAUCCGUCUUGCUACUGCCUCUACAGUCGGGCGCCGCAUGAGGUAUCUCCACGAGCCGCUCGAGAAAGCGGCCAAGCAUUGCGUAGAGGAGCUUCGGCGAGAUGGUGGUAUUGGUGGUGUUAUAGCGCUAGACAAUAAGGGAAACGUCGCAAUGCCCCUCAACUGUUCCGGAAUGUACCGAGGUGUCAUUCACGAAGACGGUGUACCCAAGACUGCCAUCUUCGAUGACGACGUUCUGAGCUGAAUAGCCGUCGAUACCUUUGAAAAAGUCGCCAUUGUUAGAUUUUAUAGAACCUUUGUAUCACAUCUACUCGAGAAACGAGUUGCAUCUAGG